AUGACGACCACCGACGGCACCAUCGCCAAUCCCCCUACCAAAAACCCUAAGAAGGCCAAUCUCUUGGAUCAUCACUCUAUCAAGUACUUACUCGAUGAAUCUGUAUCCGAGAUCGUCGCAAGCCGCGGUUACAGUGAAGAUGUUAGACUGAGUAAUGUUCGAUUGUUGAUUGGUGCGAUCCUGAUCAUCUACACCAAGGAAAAGAACGCAAUUUUGUUUACAUAUCCUCCAGCAGGGUCUGCUUACAAGAGCACUGGGUUGAUGAUAUCUUCAAAGUUGCCUAGAUUCUCUGAUAUGUAUACACUUACCAUAGCCAGUGCAGAUCCCAAAUCUAUUUCUGCAAACCCAACAGUGGAGUUCACCAAAAGUGUUACAAAAUGGUUUACAAAGGAUGGAGUGUUGGUGGAGGGUCUUUUCUGGAAAGAUGUUGAGGGGCUGGUGAACCAGUAUGCCAAAGAACACAAGAAAAGGUGUUUCCAACUUGACUUGGGAUGGGGAUCCUCAAAUAAAAACUUAGGAAUGAGGAUGAAGAUAAAGAUACCCUUUAGUGGUCUUGCACCCGGUAAAUAUUAAUAUGUAAAAAUAAUAUAAAACAUAUAGUUAUAGUAACAUUUAGAAUACCUAAAUUAUGAUCCAGAUAUCCUAAUUAUACAGUUAAAAUUAUAUAUUUUUUUAUUUCAUUUAUCUAAUUUAG